AUGUCGCGCUCUUCCUCUCGCGUUGCAUACAAAACCUCGGAGAUCCAUCUCCCCUCCCACACCCUCGAAGCUCCCGCCAGCUCGACCAGCGCAGCCUCGACCUCGCCGCUCAAGACCCGCGCGUCCCUCCGCACUCGCGAGUCGUCCAUCGCCUCGUCGUCGACUGCCGCCGCUACGCCGAAGAAGCGCGGACGGGCGUCGAUCGCGCCGGGCGCGGGAGAGGAGGACUCGCCGAAGAGCGCAAAGAGGGGCAAGAAGGACGAGGGAGGCGGAGACCUGUGGGAUGCCGAGCUCGACAAGGUCCUCUAUGCCGGCAUGGCUCUCUUGCCCAACAUGGGCCGUCGCACGAUCUGGCUUGAGGAUGACGACGAGUCGUACGGUCGCAAUGGUCUCCUUGGCGAGUACAUCCGCCGCCAGACAGGCAAGAUCCGCAACCGCACCCAAGUCGCCAGCCACAUCGCCGUCCUGCGCAAGCACAACCCGAACGACAGGAAGCUUGCCGACCUGAUCCUCGGACACGAUGUCGCGCCGGAAGACCUCAUGACUACGCACUGGGCCGAGCUGCUCGGCGAGGAUCGCUUCCCCGAGACCCGCAAGCUCGCCAAAGAAGUCAACGAUGCCGUCAAGGAGCACCGCGAGCUCGUCGUCAAGCAGCAGAAGGCCCGUCGCAAGUCGCACAGCGGCUCGCCUGCGCCGCGCAAGCUUCGCACGGACGACGAGGACGAGACGGACGGCUUGACGAGCGAGGCGGAGGCUUCGGGGACGCCCAGACGUCGUGGACCUGGUCGCCCGCGCAAAUCAGUCGUCGCUUCCUCCUCGGCCGCCUCGAACUCGACUCCUGCUCGCGCCCGCACGCCUCGCAAGUCGCUCGCCGCGGCUGUCACACCCUCGAGCUCGGCGUACGCUGCGACGACGCCCGGCACCGCAUCGCGCCGCUCGGCCAGGCACUCGCUUGCCGCUGAUGCGUCGGCUGUCGAGGCGACCACUGACGACGAGACGCCCAGGCGCAAGUCAGCUCGUACUUCAGCUGCCGCUGCUGUUGCGCCUGGAUCGGCGAGGAAGGGCAAGGGGAAGGCCAUGGCGCCGGUCAAGAAGGACUCGACUCCUCCCCCGCCCGUUCCUGUCAUCCCCGACUCGCUCGCCGCCGAGUCAUCCGCCGCGAUGGACGUCGACGCCGUCGUGCAGGACAACACACACGUCGAAGUCGUCCCUGCUUCGGCGGGCGAGUCGGUCGAGAGCGGCUUGGCCGGCGAGAGCGGUACGGGCGGGUGGUUCUCGGGUGUCAAAAAGGGCUUGAUGAAGCUCGUUGGGUACUAG